GCUAACUACUUUUCUAAAUUUUCAAAAGCUCCAGUAAUAUGCAAAUUAGUUGGAAGAAAAGUUCUUGAUGGAGUUGGUCAGCCAACAUUAGAAGUGGAAAUAUUCUGUACAGUUCAAAACUAUGAGAAGAGGGUUUGUUCCACUGUAAUGUCUUUUCAUUCUCAAACACCUGAGAAUGCUUUACCUGAAACAAUGGAAGCUGAUGAGAAGGAAAGAAAUGACUCUGUUAACACUGCUGUGGAAUGGGUGAAUGAAUCACUGAACACCAUGUUGAGAGACUUGGAGCCUACUGACCAGUGUAAAGUUGAUAAGAUGCUUGGUGAAUACUUUACAAAAAAGGUAGAAGAAAAAAAAGAAAUUCAAAAGCAAGAAGAAGAAGAAGAACCAGAAGCCACUCGUGCCCUUACUUCAUGUGCUCCGUCAACAACAUCACUACCUGGGAAAAAAAAAGCAGCGAAACCAGGAAAGAAGGUGGCAGCUGCAGAGAGGACGAUCCCACCUGCGGAACCCGUUGAAUCAGUGCUUUGUGGCAGCUUAGCCAUUGGGGGAACAUCACUUGCUAUAGCUAAGGCUGGUGCCACCAUUAGCCACAUCCCGUUGUACUUACAUAUUGCACUGCUGAAACGUGAUCAGGAUUCACCUAAAGAAAUGACUCUACCACUCCCAAUGGUUACUCUGUUGAACUGUGAAAGAACUCCACCUGCAAAACUGAAAUUAGUAAAAGAAGUUAUGCUUAUACCACCAGUUCAAUUAUCACUCAAACAGGGCAUAGAAAAAAUUCUGGAUAUUCAGAAAGAAAUGAUGAGACUGUUGGAGCCUUCAGGCAAAGCGCAGCCCAGUCCUCAAGUGGCAGACAGUAAGAAAGGCAGAGCACCUAAUACAGGGAAGAAAGCUCCG